AUGCUGAGUAACCUGAACAGCCGCCAUCUAAGUGACCCGGACUUGCUUGAGGACCUUUCUGCCCUGAAAGAGAUGCUGGAUGAAUAUACAAAGAAGCAAACCACGUUCGACGAGUACGCUGCAGAAGUACAAGCUGGCCACCUUCGUUGGUCGCCCCCGCACCGCAACCCAACUUUCUGGCGUGAGAAUGCACGCCGAAUCCUGGAUGAGGAUGGAGGAAGUCUACCUAAAAAGCUGGUCGAGAUCCUGUCGAAGGACUGGGAGACAGACAAGCAGGUUUUGGCUAUUGCGUGUAACGACGUUGGGUGUCUGGUGAGGGAAGUGCCCGAGCGACGACACCAGCUGGACAAGCUAGGCCUGAAGGCGCGAGUGAUGGCCUUGAUGACUGACCGGGAAGAGUCCGUGAGAUGGGAGAGUCUCCGAGCUGUGGGAGAGUGGCUGAGAUACACGUUUGAGGGCUGA